GAACACCCUUUGUUUCUGUCCCAAACAGCUGAUCGACCAACACAAAAAACGGCAGAACAAAAAAUUAUUAAAUGCACGUUAUUGGAAGGGGAAAAGGCUAUAUUUGCCAAAUUUUGCCCAAAAAACGGAAAGAUUUGGUAUCCACACAUGUGGUUCACUAUCUGGGAUGUUUCACUCGAACAACCACUAUUUUUCACAACAAAAAUACUGGAUAUCUACAAAGUUUUUGGAUCGCAAAAAAAACCACGUCUGCCUCACACGAUUUUUCGGGCAUAAGGAAUACGUUAUUGAUAUAUUUGAGAAAUCUCUUCCAAUGUCAACGUAUAGCUUGGGAUUUAUGAUAACGCAAGAAAAUACAUUUAUCAAUUGUAAACGAGAACUAAAUGAUACAAUGCCAAGCAUAUAUUUAAGGACUUAUAGCGAUGUACCAGAUAUGAAACAGAUCUGCGAAAACAUAUGCAAGAUUUAUAAAAGUAUCGCGGUAUAUUUCAAUAUUUCGCUACCCGUGGAAAAUUUGUAUAUAGUAACUUUACCCGAAGUGUCAACAGUACGGCCGCUAAGCAGUUGGGGAAUAUUAAUUUUAAGUGAGAAUGACCUGAUGCAAAUUGGGAAUUUUACCUUGAUUCAGGAGUUAGUUUACCAAUGGGUUGGAGUUUGGAAAACACCUUAUUGGUGGAGCGAAAUACAAAUUAACAAAGCCAUUGUAAACUUUGUUGCAGUUGAUAUCGCAUUAGAGUGUUCCCUUGCAAGUUCCUUAAUAAUGAUUUACCCUGGGUAUGAUUUUGAAGGAGGAUAUCCAGUGACAUUGCUAUAUUCUUUAUAUAAUGAGCUAAGUAAGCGUUAUCCACACUCACGCAUUACAGUAAUGAAACAGGAAUCUGUGUCUUUCAAAGCAGAGCUUGUACUUCGGAUGCUUAAUUAUACAUUAAGUAAGAGCACACUAAAAUUUGGAAUUCGUAAAAUGGUUAGCUAUCAAACAAAUAAUGUUUUUUCUGCGAAAAUCAUUUGGGAAGCUAUUAAUAAUCAGGCUAACGAAGAAGGCAAUAUAAAUCCAUUAUACAGCAUUUCUGAAAUAGCUGAUUCCUGGAUUUCUACAGAUCGCCUGCCAGUAGUUUCAUUACAACGCAAUUAUACAUCAAACGCAGCUAAAAUUUACCAAAAAAUGUUUCUACGGGAACGCCCUCAUGAUGUCCAAGAUCAUGAUAAAAUAAUUUGGUGGAUCCCCAUAGUUUUAGUUGAACAAAACAGAUUAGACUUCUCAAACACAACACCAUAUCUCUGGUUGGAAAAAACAACGGAAACAAAACUAACGAAUCUGUCAAAUCGUAAUUCCUUCAUCAUAAUAAAUCCGGAAGAGAUAGCACCAUUUAUAGUAAAUUACGAUCAACAAAAUUGGAACAUGAUUUCAAAUUAUUUAAAAAAUGAAACACAUUUGGAGAAAAUACCAGCGUUAACACGCGCAAAAUUUAUUCAUGAUGCCUGGAACUUAGCAUAUGCAGGUGAUUUAAACUUCAGUAUUGCACUCGAUGUGACACUUUUUCUUCAAUUUGAGCGCAAUCAUAUUGUUUGGAAUCCAGUAUUUACACUAAUAGAUCAGAUCGGUAGACGCAUAGAGAUUUCUAGAGUACAUCAUAAAUUUCAGAAAUACGUCAUUUAUCUCUUAUCACCUCUCUACGAAGAGCUCACCAGUGAAGGGGACAAUUCAAGCCAUUGGAAAAUUAAAUUAAGAAAAUUAGCAAGGGAGUUUCUUUGCAAAGGUGGAUAUGAGCCGUGUAUUGAAGAAGCUCGAUAUACUUUUCAGAAUUUGAUGGAUCAAAACAUUAUAGAUUUCGGAAUACGAAUUGAAAAUCUGCAUAUUUGUCCAAUUUUAAGAUGGGGUACAAUGAAAGAGUGGAUACUCAUACUAAAUUAUGUGAUAAAUUUCCCCGAAAAUGGAAUAAAGAGUGAAAGAACAUUUCUACUGAAAUCAUUAGUUGGAUGUCCGUUGCAAGAAAAUAAAAUUCAUCACUUACUAAAUUUGACGCUAUUACAAAAUAACUCAGUAUUCUCUAGCGGGGAUUUAUUUAUAAUUAUUAGAACAUUAGCCAAGGAACCUGUUGGAUAUAAAACUCUCUUUGAGGUUCUGUCGAAUAAUUUUAUGGAAAUAAAAGUUCGUUUUCAAAAUGAAACCAAUCUAUGGGACACUAUAAUAAGUUCGGCUACUGGAAUGUUUAUAACUCAGCAAGGGUAUGACAAGGUUACACAACUAUAUAGAACAUUCAGAGGAUUAUUUAAUAGUGCAGAUCAUAUUAUUCAAAGAUCUAUAAGAAAUAUCAAGGAAGAAGUUAAAUGGAGUAAUGAAGCUAUUCCAGACCUUGAGAAAUGGCUUGAUAAUUAUUUUAACAAAACACUUCAAUAAAUUUUGCACUUAACAAAAAAUAAAUGAUUAAACAUUGAAAAUA